AUUCUUGAAUAAAUCUCAUCUGAUAACCAAAAAAGCCCGAUUUUCCGAGAUGAAUACUCUAGAAGAAGUAGGUGAAUUCACUCAAAUCUUCGACGCUUUGAUGAGUCUAAUGAGGAAAUUUUUAUUCAGAGUUCUAUGCGUGGGUCCAAUCCCUACUAACAUUUCAUUCAUCAUGGAUGGAAACCGCAGGUUCGCCAAGAAACACAAUCUUAAAGGCCUAGACGCAGGACAUAGAGCCGGUUUCAUAUCCGUGAAAUAUAUUCUUCAAUACUGCAAAGAGAUUGGUGUACCGUACGUCACACUCUACGCGUUUGGUAUGGAUAAUUUCAAGAGAGGACCUGAAGAAGUCAAGUGUGUGAUGGAUCUAAUGCUUGAGAAAGUCGAGCUUGCGAUCCAUCAAGCUGUAUCCGGGAAUAUAAAGGGGGUGAGAAUAAUCUUUGCCGGUGAUUUGAAUUCGUUAAACGAGCGUUUUAGAGCUGCGGCGCAGAAACUGAUGGAGAUAACGGAGGAGAAUAGAGAUCUGAUUGUGGUGGUUUGCGUUGCUUACAGCACAAAUCUCGAGAUUGUUCACGCUGUUCGAGAAUCUUGUGUUAAAAAGUGUAAAAAUGGAGAUGGUGCUGUAGUUUUGGAGGUGAGUGAUGUUGAAGGAUGUAUGUAUACAUCGGCUGUGCCAGAUCCGGAUCUUGUUAUCAGAACCGGAGGAGGAGAUCGGCUGAGUAACUUCAUGACGUGGCAAACUUCGAGGACUCUUCUUCACAGAACGGAGGCUCUUUGGCCGGAGUUAGGACUCUGGCAUUUGGUUUGGGCCAUUCUGAAAUUCCAAAGAAUGCAAGAUUGCUUGCAGAAGAAGAAAAAGCUCGAUUAAAGUUAAACCCUAGAACGAACUUAUACCCUUAAUUACGUUUGAUUUAUGUGUUUCUCGCCGACAAUAAACUAUGAAUCGCAAC